AUGGAGGAGGAGAUGAACCAGACGGAGGACGAAGGACUACGAUCGGGUACCAUCUCCAAACUCUGCAAACAGCGGAACCCCUACAGUGUCCUCAAACCAUUCCCCGGCAAGAAGGUGAUGAGCAGGAGGUACGAGAGACCCACCAUGGUGCAGAUCCCGCAACUGGCCUAUAAUGUGUGUUUCCGCUCCACUACAGAGAGUCGCUUAAUACUUGAUGCCUUUGCACAGCAAUGCAGUCGAGUCCUGACUCUCCUAAAGGACAGUGGAAAACUUCUGGACGCCAACCAACCUCAAAUAAUUUCUUGUGUGAAAAAAGAGAGUGGAUGUUAUGAUGACCACACAGGACAGUGUCAGCUUGUCAAAGGUGCCCAAAUGCAGCCACGGUCAUCAGACAAUUCAGAGGUGGAAUUACAGAAUGUGCAAAAGAGGCAUCAGACCUCAGCCUUGCUUCGUGUGUUUACCGAUUCUCUUCAAAGUUACCUACUUGCCGGGGGGCGGCCUUCACAGAGUUCUGUGGGAAUGAGUGAGUGCAGCCAUGUGACAGAAAUGGAUCCACUUUCCAUAUCUCCUACCCAUACUCUGGGAGGGUGGACAUCCCCAACAACAUCAGAAUCUCAUGUCCAUCCAUCAUCUACAUUCCCUGAGGAGGAAGAAGAGGAUGGCUACUGUCAGAGGUGCCAAGAGUUGGAACAGGAAGUGGUUGUACUCCAACAGGAAAAUGAGGAGCUAAGGAAAACCUUGGAUCGUAUUCCAGUGCCCUGCCAGGCUGUUCUUGAUUAUUAUAAGACUGUACUCCAGCAUCACAAUCAACCAAUUCAACCAGUCUCAGAGGAGCAGCCAACAGAGGGAAACAAACAGUUGUUGAACAACUACCCGGUCUAUAUCACUAGUAAGCAGUGGGAUGAGGCUGUUAAUUCGUCUAAAAAGGAUGGCCGUCGACUUCUCCGUUACCUCAUCAGAUUUGUGUUUACAACAGAUGAACUGAAGUAUUCAUGUGGACUGGGAAAAAGGAAACGAUCGAUGCCACUGGGGGAGCCAGGCCCUGAGCGACGUCCUCUUGAUCCAGUCAAAGUCACCUGUCUCCGAGAGUUCAUUCGGAUGCAUUGUACCUCCAAUCCAGAUUGGUGGAUGCCUUCAGAAGAACAAAUUAACAAAGUGUUCAGUGAUGCUGUUGGGCAUGCUCGCCAAGGACGUGCUGUGGGAACUUUCCUUGGUGGCAAUGGUGGCUCCUAUUAUGAAGGCUUUGACCAUCAAAUGUCACAAGACGAAAUGUUUAACAAGGGCUGCCAUGAAGGCUCUGGAGACUAA